CCGGAAGUGGCUUGCGCUGGGGGAGUACUUCCGGCGAGGCCUGGAAGCGGUGGCGGCUGUCGGCUGUCGGCUAUCGGCAGGUACCGGGCGGUCCGGGGCGAGGUGAUGUUGUGGCUCUGCAGAUGUGGCCCUGACUGACGUAGGCCCCAAGUUGCUUGGGCCAAGGAUGAGCAAGCCGACAGACCUGCAGCACGACCUGGAACGGAGCCUCCCAGCCAUCGCGUCCAUCAGCACCUCGCUUUCCCAGAGCCAGGGCUUCUCCCCGUACUGCUACUUCUCUCCAGAGAAGAGGAAAGCCAUCUCAGAUGUGAGGAGGACCUUCUGUCUCUUUGUCACCUUCGAUCUGCUCUUCAUCUCUUUGUUGUGGAUAAUCGAACUGAAUACCAAGGAUGGCAUUCAGAAGAACUUGAAGAAUGAAAUCUUCGAUUACAAUUUCAAGACCUCUUUCUUUGACAUAUUUGUCUUGGCUUUCUUCCGAUUUUUUGUGUUGCUGCUGGCCUACGCGGUUGUGAGGCUGCGCCACUGGUGGGUCAUAGCGGUCACCACGUUGAUAUCCAGUGCCUUCCUGAUUGUGAAGGUCAUCCUCUCCGAGCUUCUCACCAAAGGGGCGUUCGGUUACUUGCUUCCCAUCGUCUCGUUUGUCAUUGCUUGGUUAGAGACUUGGUUCCUGGAUUUUAAAGUCCUCACUCAGGAAGCAGAAGAGGAACGAUGGUACCUGGCAGCCCAGGCUGCAGCUGCCCGGGGGCCCCUGCUGUACCCUGGAGCCCUUUCUGAUGGGCAGUUCUACUCCCCACCGGAGUCCUUUGCAGGGUCGGACAACGAGUCGGAUGAGGAAGGUCCGGGAAGGAAGGCGUUGACAGCUCAGGAGAAAGAAUACGUCCGACAGGGCAAAGAAGCUAUGGAAGUUGUGGACCAAAUCCUCGCCCAGGAGGAGAACUGGAAGUUUGAGAAAAACAAUGACUUCGGUGAUGUUGUUUACACUUUUGAAAUACCUUUCCAUGGCAAGACCUUUAUUUUAAAGGCUUUCCUGCAGUGCUCUGCUGAAACGGUUUACCAGGAGGUUAUUCUGCAGCCCGAGAAGAUGAUCCUGUGGAACAGAACGGUGGCAGCUUGCCAGAUCCUGCAGCGGGUUGAGGACAACACGAUCGUUUCGUACGACGUAGCAGCCGGGGCUGCAGGCGGCGUCGUUUCCCCCAGGGACUUUGUGAACGUGCGGCGGAUCGAGAGGAGAAGAGACAGGUACAUUUCCUCAGGGAUGUCGACCACGCACAGCCUGAAGCCUCCACUCUCCAAGUACGUCAGGGGUGAGAAUGGACCUGGAGGAUUCGUCGUAUUGAAGUGCCCCAGCAACCCCCGGGUCUGCACUUUUAUCUGGAUUCUAAACACGGACCUGAAGGGUCGCCUGCCCCGGUACCUCAUCCACCAGAGCCUGGCAGCCACCAUGUUUGAGUUUGCCUUCCACCUGCGGCAGCGGGUCGGGGAGCUCUGCAGCAAGCCCUGAACGCCGUGCUCUGCCCUGCUGGACUGGAUGUGGGCAGGCAGGAGGGGCUGCUCCU